AUGUCGUACGUGGACCCAUUUGAUGCUGACCGUUGGCCUAGAUUGACUGUUACCGAGAAGUUUAUAAGCGGUCUUACAGGGCUCGCGACUUGGUUUGCCGUCCGCCUUUACGGAAACGCGCUUGCAAGCAGGCGCACGGAUACUGCGGCUGCUACCAACCUCGGAGCUGGCUCCGCUGGAAUCGGUGCCAGCCUCUUGUCUUCGUGGAUAUUCUUCAAUAUUGAGUAUACGAAAAGGCUUAACAAACCUGAAAGUUUGGCGGAUCCGGACUCGAAUUUCUCUCGGUUUUGCAACCUCAAUGUGCGCUGGAAGGAGCGAAACCCGGAGCCUUCCAGUCCGAACGCCUCUGUAACUCGGCGCCGCAUCAUUCUACUGCAUGGAUUCGGAGCCUCUCUUUUCACUUUUCGUAAUGUCAUGGACGAGCUUGCACGGAAGACUGGGAGCAACGUGGAGGCUCUGGACCUACCGGCAUUUGGUCUUACGAGCCGUUCCUGGAGCAAUCACCACUACUCUCUUCGUUCCAUGGCUGAAGUCGUCGGGCAGUUCGCUCGUAUGCCCGCAAGGCAAGCAAACGACAUUUGCCUGGUAGGUCACUCACUGGGCGGUUUAGUAGCUUUACAGUCUGUGGCGCAGCUGCCGUGUGCACCACGUGCUCUAAUUCUUGUAUCGCCUGCGAUCUAUUUUCGCGAGACCAAGCAGCGUGCACGCGGUAUUCGGCGUUGCUUGCAAACAGUUCUGUUACCCCUGCGGUACGCGCUGGCGACGGUGCAGGUGUCUUUUCGCUUUUUGACGGCGCAAAUAUCGCGCGGAAUAUCUCCUGUGCUUCGGGGACUUGUCCGGUUGGUCGUCAGUCAAGAGCGUCUCUGGCGAUACGGAUUAAGGCUUGCAGUAGAGGAUCGAACACUCAUUCGACCUGAUGUUAUCGAGGGAUAUCGAUUACCGGACAGGGUACGUGGAUGGGAUCGCGCGCUUCUCGCUUUCGUGCUCAACCGAUAUCAGGGAGUCUUCAGCAUCAAGGAAUUCGCGCAGCAAGUCCAUCGAAUAGCACAUGGAGGGACAGCAGAGGAUUACACGGAUCUUCUUCAAAAUCUGAGAAAGCUCUCCAUUCCCGUGUUAAUCAUUCAUGGCAGAGACGACCGUAUAGUGCCACUGAGAAACUCCCAACUUCUUGCCCAGUACCUGGGAUGCGAACUCUGUAUCUUCGAUCAUUGCGGGCAUCUGCCCCAUGAAGAGAUGGCGGAUCGAUUCAUCGACUGUGUGGAGCGUUUCAUCGCUCAGAUCGGGACCCCAUCACACUCACCAAGGCGUGCAGCCGUAGAGGCUUUCUGA